GAGGUGUAGCCUUUUUUGUUGAAAAGAUUACAAUUCUUUGCAGCUGCCAGCAUUUGCCUGAAAGUGUGGCUGUAGCUCAGCCAUCAGGGGAAUGUGUUCCCUGUAGGAAGGCUGCAGAGCUCUCCCAGCACAGCCACAGCCUGGAUGUGCUGUCAGGUGCAGUAAGAGUUGCUAUUGCUGAAGAUUCUUAAUGCCAGACACUCAACCUGCUGCUGAAUAACCAUGAAAGAGAGGAGGUAGCUGCCCAUGUGCAAGAUAAAACCCGAUUUCAAUGGAUACAAAAUACAAAGACGAUUUGUUUAGGAAGUAUGUACAGUUCCACGAAUGCAAGCUGAAUGCCUCUGACAACAAGCAGCGUCCUAUUAACGAUGAGUACUUGCGAGUGGCAGCGGCAGCCUUACUUUGCCUUCCCAAAAUUGAUCCCUUUUAUAGAUUCCGGUUGAUAAAAUUUUAUGAGAUGGCUGAAAACUCGCUGAGAUCUGUGAAAUCCUCAAGUUUACAUUCUCUCCAUAAUGCAUUCAACAUGCUCGAGACAAUUGGGAUUAAUCUCUUUCUUUACCCCUGGAAAAAGGAGUUCAAAAAUAUUAAGACCUACACUGGACCCUUUGUUUAUUAUGUAAAGUCUGCUCUAACCGAAGAUGAUGUAAGGCAGAUUUUGAACUACAUGGGCUAUGUCCAAGAACUGGGAACAAUGUAUAAGCUCAAAGAGCAGGUUGAUGCCAUUCAAGUGAAAAUGGUCUCAUUUGAACUCUUUUUGGCCAAAGUGGAAUGUGAGCAGCUUCUUGAAAUUCACUUGCAAGUGAAGGAAAAAGGUUAUUCAGAGAUUGAUGUCAUCAAUGAACGAAAAAGCAGCAGUGAAGAUGUCAGAGGCUGCUCAGAAGCCAUGAAGCGACGUGCAGAGUGCAAGGAAAGCUUAAACACUUCCAUGGCGCGGAUGGUACUCCAGAAAUCGGCCAGUGAACGGGCCUCUAAAGAUUACUUCAAGCCAAAGGUGAGCAAGGCUUCGAAAUCAGUGGACACGUAUGAUAAUUAUUGGGAGAGUAAGAAACCACCUUUGAUGAGCUCGCUGAGUCUCAGGAAAGAGCCAAUUUUAGUUGACGCGGAAGAUGACAUUAAAGAUGAAAUUAUCCGUCCGUCACCCUCUCUUCUGACAAUGUCGAGCUCCCCACACGGGUGUUCAGAUGAAUACUUGCCAACUUCAUCUCAUCACAAUGGCAUGCUAAGAACAAAUGUCCCUUACAGCUCCUAUUUUUCUGCUCAAGAGGACUUAGAUUUAUACACUGAUCCCGAUUCUAGAGGCGUGUUGAAUUUUAAGAGACAAGAAGCUAUAAAGCCUGAUGUAUGGCUGUUAAAAAGUGAUGCCAACCCUGUUUACCACAAACGCACCCACCUAGCCAAAGAGACAGCUUCCCUCAAGUGCCAAAACUGUGGUGUACCUUGUGGCACUUCUGUUUGCCAAAAGUGUGACAAUCUGUUCAACUCCAGGCAGGAAUACCCAGCAGUCAAGCAGAGCACCUACUCAAUCAAACCACUUCCAAACGAUGGCUUGUCUCCUGCCUCUGCUCUGAGGGAGAAAUCUCAGUACACAUCACAGACUCAGAGUCAAGAAAGAGCUGCUCAGUUCAGUUCAAAAUCCAAACCUUCAGGCACCUCACGCUGCGGCUUCUGUAACCGGUCUGGGGCUGCCAACACGUGCACCUUUUGCUCCAAAGUCUCGUGUGACACUUGCCUCAAUGCUUAUUACUAUGAUCCCUGCUGUAGGAAAAGUGAGCUCCACAGGUUCAUGCCCAACAAUCAGUUAAACUAUAAAUCAUCCCAGCUGUCCCAUGUCGUUUACAGAUAGGCUUAGUUAGUCUGUUUUGAGGGGAAGGAAAGGGAGAGGGGAAAGGGCUAUCUUAACUGAUGUUCUGACUCCACUGAGAAGAUACACUGACCUCUAACCAAAAUGACACGUCCAAAUGCUUGGAACCAUAGUUCAGUGCCAGUUCUUGAUUUUUGUGGCUUCACAGAUGCUGCAGGCACAUUAGAUUUCAUGCUGCUAUAAUUUAGGUAACACCUAAAUGAUCAUUGCUUUUCAGUAUAAAUGGGGGAGAAGAGCACAUUUUGCUUUAAAACUUGGCAGCUGUUGUACUUUAGACAAGUGACACCACACUUUUCUAUUACAUAGCAGUCAUCUCCUUGCCCAAAUAAAACUGUGCAAGGCUUGAAAAUGAAACCUAAAAAUUACUAAGAUUCUUGUUUUCUAUGAAUGAUGAAACCACUGCCAGUUUUUGAUAGAAGUAUGACUUCAAAUUGUGCAGGUGGUAUGUGAACGGCUUCUUUGGCCAACAAGGACUCUUUUUUGGGGGGGAGGGUGGGGUGUGUGUGUCUGCAUUUCUUGAUCUCCCAGAUGCAAACACCACAGCGUCUCAUCCUUUUGUCUUUAUGUUUCAUCCUUCUGCUCUUAUCUCCCAGUUGUUGAUCUCAAGCUUCUAUAAUCUGAACCUGGACAAUCUGUGCUUUAUUUUCUGGUGUUGCCAAUAUCAUCCUGCUGGGGUUUACUGUAUGGUAGUUUGAAAAAGGUGAACCCGUUAUUCAUGUCUCUUCAGUUAUGCUUAGAGUUUUGUCCUUCCCAAGGAGUCCUGGUUUUCUUUACUUCCUGUUGCUUGUGUAUUGAGUACUGUUCUUUGUACUGUAAAUAGGUAAAUUUGAAACCGUUUAUUUUUAAUAAAUAUUUAAUACUUUGAGUUCUUAAAAGUGGUUAGGAUCAUUGUAAUGAUGAAGUCUCUCUGGGUUAUUUGUUCAGGUGACUUUUUUGUUUUCCUUGUACUGUAUUUCAUAGCUUACUAUAGUCACUGUGGCAGAGAUGUUCUUAGCUCUGAUCAGCUUUUGGUUUUUAAUCUGGCGCUUUUUUCUUCCCCUCUGAUAAGGCUACCAUUAGUCUAAGUGGAGUCUUGUCUAAGAACUGCAAGGUUGUAGUUCUCGGUGCAUAUUUUGCCUGUGUGGUUAUGGAAACUGUGCUUCCAAAUUCACUGCAAAGUCUGUAGUGUACUCCAGCAAGUAAAGCACUGGCCUGGGGAGAAAUCAGAGCUCGUUUAUGAGUCCUGUUAAAGUAAACUUGUGAGUUAGGGAUGUGAAUUGGAUAAUAAUAUUUCUCUGUGUUACUGUAGUGCAGAGGAAACCUAGCUGAGAGCCAGGACUCUGUUGUGCUAGACUCUGUACAGUUUGCCCCCCAAACAACACCUAAGAAAGUUUAGCUGUUUUGUUUUUUAUUGAAACCCAAAAGAAUCCUUCUAACUUCUUCCUUAUUCCAAGUAGCUUGUUAGAACAAAGUAUCAGGCAACCUAAUCUGAUGUGCACAAUUUAAUGUGUUUAAAAUAUUUGUAAUGAAAAAACAACCUAUAGCUGAGAUGUAAACUAUGUAGUCCACUUUGCACUAAAAUUAUUCACUUAGUUUUGGGUUUUUUUUAACACUGUUAGAGUCUAAGCUUCUAAACUAUCCAUUGAUCCAUGUGUGACAGAAACAUGCAUGAAUGAUCGUUUGUCUUUUUUUUUUCUGGGGGGGGGUGGGGAGGGCUUGAAGUAGGUAGAAGGGGAAACUAUAUAGGCUAAUGUUGUAAAAUAGCUAAAAUAAUUUUAGCCAUAAAUGGGUGUCUCAAAAGUGUUAAUGGAAAUAAGAUGAAACCCAAGUCUUACAGAGGGCUGAGAACAAUAAGUUACUGUACAGUUUGCACUAAGAAACAAAGUGAACGGUGUGUGUUUAGCCAUCAGGGAAACUUCUGAGUCAAGCAGCUGAACCAGAAGGUUGCAGGCAGCUGUUGCCUUGCUGACCCUGAAGGCUGGGGUGAAUAUUGUUUUAGGUGAAUGACUUUAAGGUUUUAAAAAUCUUGUGUGGUUGUUUUUUUUUAAAUAUAUAUAUAUAUAUAUAUAAAUAUGACACAAAUGUAGAUACAUUCUGUAUAUAGUGAAGAAUUUAAAAUCAAUUUUACUAUUAAAAUACAGUCUAAGGGUGGUUUUCCUUUUGGUGGCUAAUUUGGUUUUGUUCACUUUCUGAAAUGUCAUGCCUGUUUGGCUGCUCUACAGUGUAUCUCCUAGUUCACUAGUUCAGUUUCCAUAUGGCUACUCACACUACAGUGAAUAACUAAAACUGUGAUGCCACGUAAUUUUUACGGUGAACAUAGCAGGGACUAUAUUUGCUUUGAAAAAGAAAAGUCCUGUGUAUAUAUGUCAUGGAAUCCUGUAGUACAAAACUGUGUUGAAGUGAUACCAUGCUCUAUUUUUGUGUAUCUUACUGUAUGAAGUUGCUGUGAUUGAUACAGUAAAAUAUAUGCUAAUUUAAAAUGCA